AGGAAAGUGAAGAAUAAGAGAAAGAUGAUUGCAGGUGAAUUUAACAGACUGCACAUGCUGCUGAGAGAGGAGAAGCAACUGCUUCUGCAGAGACUGGAGGAGGAGGAGAGGGCGACUCUGCAGAGACUACGGGAAAAUGUCACCAAACUCUCCCGGCAAAGCUCCUUUCUGCAGCAUCUGAUCACAGAGAUAGAGGAGAAGUGUCAGCAACCAGUUGUCGAGCUGCUAAAGGAUGUGAAAAGCACAUUGAGCAGGAGUGAGAAUGUGAAACUCCAGGAACCAGAAGCUGUUUCUACUGACCUGAAGAACAUGUAUAAAAUUUCCCUUGACAUGAGGGAAGCGCUGAAGAGAUUCAUAGGUGAGUGGAGUCUACUGGGACAUUCAGCUGUAUUGUGCCUGGGGAUCUGGACAGCACCUGGGACCCCAGGACACGCAUGGACCCAGCUGACAGGCUUGGAGCUGUGUGAUAGCUGGAGGCUGAUGCGCUGAGUGCUGGGCAGUUUGCCUGCUACUUACAGCCACCUGCUGGUACUUGCCCAGGUAUCUGACCAGGCCCCAUCACUCUGACAUCCUGACCCCUCCAUGGCUGAGUUAAUGGGUGUCACUGAGCCAGCUGCUGUGAGGCCUGGACUGGGCCCAUUGUGCUGGGUGCUGCACAGGCUG